AUGUUUGGUUUAGUGCACAUUUUCCUUGUGCUGUUCACGCUAUUUGGCAGAAGUUUUUUUUCGUCGUCACAAAAAAUAGAAACUUGUGCAGGUGUGGUUAUUCAGCAGUGUUCAGAUCAUUCCCAGAGGUUGUUAAAAGCUGUAGAAAGUGGAAACCAAAACAUUCGGGAAAAGGAUUGUAAAGCUCUUCAGGCUACAAUUGAUUGCCUCUCUGUUCCUCGUUGUCUUGGCAACCUAUUAUCAACUUUUCGUCACUAUGUUCUAGUGACAGCAUUGAGUCUUUCUCAGGCGUGUCCCCAUCUGGAUAUCACAACACUGCGAGGCUACGUGGCAGGUAUCAAGAUGCCUUGCGAGGAAAACAGAUCAACUGUUGACCAGUGUCACAGGAAGUGUCGCUGUCAUGAUGGAGACCUUGUGUCUUGUUACAGAGUACGAAAACAAUUUACCGCCAUGAGCCCAACAGAGCGACAGCGCUUUAUUAACGCUUUCAAACUAGGUUCUUCUAGUCCUCAAUACCAAACCUAUUAUGAGGAUAUAGCCACGCUGCAUUCAAAAAUACCGAGCAAAUUUCUUCAUCACAUGCCUCAAAUAUUUCUUCCCUGGCAUAGAUGGUAUUUGAUGCAGUUUGAAAACUUUCUUCGUCAAAUUGAUUGUCGUAUAACAAUUCCUUUCUGGGACUGGACCGGAGAGUCAGAACACUGGACACAAGCGGCAGUUUGGAGCCCAGGACCCGACGGUCUUGGGGGUAAUGGUAUAUCACCAAAUAACUGCGUUAUGAAUGGUCCAUUCCAACAGAAAGAAUUCCAAUUGCCUUGGUCUGCUGGUGGAGGCUGCAUUAAAAGAGAAUUUAACUUUUCUUGCUUUUUACCGAACUUGCAAAAAGUACGUGAUCUUAUCCAGCUUGAGAAUUUUACUCUCUUCGAACAUACAGUUCGUGAGCAAUUCCACACGACAUUCCAUGACUGUGUUGGAGGCAACAUGGCUCAUCAUUCCAAGGCUUCUUUUUCUCCGGAAUUUUGGCUUCUUCACAGUUUUCUUGAUAAACUUUGGACCGAUUGGCAGAAGAAGGGAGUGGCUUUCCAGUUCCAGUAUUACACCGAAAUCACUUUUACAAUGCCAGGUUCUGGACAGUUCCCCUGGGAGUUUCUUGAUCAAGAUAAUCUACCAGGAGGUGUACGAAUUGUGUAUGAAAACUCACCACCGUAAAGGUGGGAGGUGUGUACACACCAAAGGAGUCAUACUUAUUUUCAGAUCUAAGUGACCAUUCACUUCUAUUUUUUCAAAUUUUAUUCCUGUUGGUUGGUCUGUCUUGAAAAAGCAACUUUAUUCCCAUUUCCUUGAGGGUGCUCGAAGGCUCCCCCUUUACAACUGUUAUGGUUAACAAGCGCCAAGCCUGGUAUGUCCGUGCUUGUUCUAGUUCCGCUUUCACUGGUAUCUCUUAGUCACGACCAUCAUUUAUUGUACGAAAGCAUCUUCGAGAUGCUGACAACCCAAGAAGACCACUAGACAAAUUGACUAAAUCGGUUCUAAUUUUCCUUCGGUCAAAAAAUAAAAACCGACACAAAGGCUUUGAAGGAAAGAAUCAGACCACAGUAUGCUUUCGAGAGUAAAAUUCACCUUUAAGUUAAAUGUAAGGGAACACGAAACAUUUCUUGAAAACGUGAAAACAAAUAGCCUUUACCGAAUGAGGAAUUUGUGUUUGGGUGUUGAUGGAUCCAUCUAUAGUGAGCCUCAAUAGCUGGUGGUUUCAAUUUUCAAAGACCAUUUUGAAGA